GGGCCUACCGACGGUUGCUACGGCCAAGAUGUUUACUCUAUUGUUAUGGUUUGCCCCCUUCAGUAUCGGGAGCACCACAACUGCCAUUACUGAACCAGAUUGCCUUUGUAACCGCUAACCUUCGCAUGCCGUAUUUCACUUUCUGCGACUGACAUUCUGUGCAUUUCUCCUCGUCUUCACGUGUUUUAACCGAGGAUUUUUACUCUACCUUCAUGGAUAUGGAUAUAAUACGCAUACCUUUUCACCGAUAGCGCCAUUCCAACGGAUGAUUUUUGCCAAAGUGACUUCCUUAUUGGCGUAUUUUGUUGGUCUGUCUGUGGAAAAUUUAUAACUUAUUUUAUAUUAGAAGAGAAGGAAACCCAUCUUUCAUCUUGGAUUUAUUCCGGAGCUACGCAAAGCCAUAGCGAGAAAUUACUGAUUUGGAAAUCCGGGUUUAUACACCGAUAGAUCACCAUGGAUCCGACCAGGCGCAGUAAUGCCGUUACGGCAACAAUAUACUUCUUUAUCAUGUUGAUAGGAUUUGCGCAAGCCCAGCAGGCAUUCAGCGUCCAGCCCUCGGACACCCAGGUCACCGAGGGCAACACCGCCACCCUCCGCUGCUCCGUCACCAACAAGGGCGGCACCCUGACCUGGACCAGGGACGGUGCCCCGAUCAGCGUGGAGGGCAACAUCAUCGACACCACCAACACGCGGUACACCAUCCAGGGCGACGCCAGCUCCACCUACGACCUGCAGAUCACCGAGGCGGUGCUGGCGGACUCGGGCCAGUACCAGUGCCUGGUCACGGCGGGCGGGGUAGGGUCCGACGAGAUCCUGUCCGACCUGGCCACGCUGACCGUGCUCCAGGUCCAGAGCUUCAUCAAAGUUCCAGGCGACACAAGCGUGUCCCAGGAGACGACCGCCACGCUGGAGUGCCAAAUCGACAACAAAGAGGGCUUCCUCUAUUGGCUGAGGGACGGCGUUAUCAUCAGCAACGACACGCAAAUAACCAAUGGCAUCGUCCGUUACUCCAUCGUGGGCGACCAGGCGGCGGGCGAGUACAAUCUCAGGAUUGUGUCGGCGCAAGAAGACGCCGACCAAGGCUCGUACCAAUGCGUGGUGACGGCCGCGGGGACCAGCGAAAGGAUCGAGUCACGUGUGGCCUCCCUAUCAAUUCAAGGUUCCGGCCAGCGGCUGACUAUCGUGCCAUCGAACGCCGUCUUCACGGAGGGCACCACGGCGCUAAUGAGAUGCCGAGUGGCUGACAAAGCAGGCACGUUGUCAUGGCUACAGAACAGCCAGCCAAUCAGCUACGACAAAGAAGUCAGCCUGGGCAAUUCUCGAUACUCCAUCGUUGGUGACGAAGCGGAGGGUGACUUCAAUCUUCAGAUACAGGAUGCGUCGCCCAACGACGUGGGCACCUAUCACUGCAUAGUGAGUGCGGCCAGCGGUGCCGGCAACGAGGCCAUAUCGUCCAGCGGCGCCACCCUCACAGUCAUAGCCGCCACGGCGCCUGACAGUGGCUACCCGGUCUGCAGCCUGGUCCCUUCCACGGACCUGAAGGAGGGAGACAACGUGACCAUCUCCUGCACCUCGCGGGGCGGCGAGCCCCAGCCCAAGCUGGACUGGCUGCGCGACAACCUGGCCUUCGACGGCAACUACGUGGCGCUGAGCCUGAACGCCCGCAACGACGUGUCCUUCCGGCUGACCAAUGACAUGGUGGGCGCGGUGUUCGAGUGCCUGUCCAGCCACCCGGCGUACACCACCACGCAGAAAUGCCAGCUGGACCCGCUCACCUUUGAACUGACCCCGACCAUCCAAGUCUCGCUGGACACUCUAACCCUGGAAAUCAAGGAGGACGAGACGGGGGCGGUGGAGUGCACGGCCACGGGCGACCCGGCCGUGCUGGGCUACAGCUGGUACUACAACGGCGUGCAGAUCGCCGAGACGGACGCCCGCUUCCUGAUCACCGAGGAGGGCUCGAGCAAGUCCACGCUGACCGUCACCUCGGCCUCGCUCAGCAUGGACGAGGCGGUGGUGUCCUGCGAGGCCCGGAACAGGAUCGACUCGGAGAGCGUCUACGCCGUGGUCAGAAUCAUUGAGGACGACUUGUACCAGAUAGUCCUGGCCGUAUUGGCUUUAAUUGCCUUCUUCGUCUUCGCGCUGAUUGUUGUGCCGAUCAUUGUGUACUACUGCUACCGCAAACAACAGAAAAAAACAAAAGUUGCUCCAAUCGAGAACGGUACAGCCACAAUAAGCGGCACCAAGGUCACCUCCAACUACUUCAUCACCGAGGAGACAAUCCCCAACGGCAACGCUAAAAAGUCCCCGAGCCGCAGUUCCAGCAAACCCAAAGUCCUGGACCACGAGACCAAGCGAGUCGACAGCGCCGACGAGGGUAGCUACGGCAGCCCCACCCCGCUGCCGGACCUGACCGGCCGCGGUCGGUACCCUCAGCCCAUCCGCAGCCAGACGCCGGACGGCUUCAUGAACGACACCAUGGACUCGGCUCGCAGCGGCCGGGUCGGCUCAUACGACGUGGAGGCCGCCCAGCUGCAGCACGAGGCCGAGCUCCAGGGCAGCGUCAAAGCGCGCCGGCCGUCCUCCUCGCGCCGGAGCUCCGUGUCGACGCCGCCGCCGCCGCUCAACAACAAAGUCUCGCUGUCACCCGGCGAGUACCUGAUCAGGGACGAGUACGAGAGGAAACUGAAGGAGCUGGAGUCCAUGAAGAAGAGCAUGACGGGCUCCGGGAUGAUUCAGGAUGACGCCAAGUCCAGAAAGUCGAGGGAUGGAGGGGAGAGGAGGAAACACAAACACAAGAAGAGGGACAAGGAGAGAGAUGACAAGGACAAAGAAAGCCACAAAAAAUCCAAGUCAAAGGAGCACAGGGAACACCGCGACAAGAAAGACAAGAAAGAGCGCAAGGACAAGAAGGAGAAGAAGGACAGGAAGAAGGACUCGUCGAGAUGAAACUAGUACGUCAUCGCUGCCAUCCACCAAUCAACGCCACGUUUUUGCCACGGACAACACUGGCCCUGGCCAAUGAAAAUUGGCCGUCGGGAUUCGAACUUGGAUCCGUGCGGAGCCCGGAUGUAAAAUCAAAGUGUUGCUGCUCACGAAAUGCAUUUUGUAAUGAGCAAUUUAUGAAAUAGUUCGUAAAAAUUAGCAAAUGGCGUCCCUGCUCCAGCAAAAUGACGAUCAAUCCAGCUUCCUGAACAUUUUGUACAUAGUUGAUUUUGCAACUCAUUUUGUAAAAAAAAGAACAGUACAUGUAUACAUUUAAUAGCAUCAGUAAAUGUUUUGUUUACUACAAUGCCUCAAAUACAGUCAUACCAUGUUGGAGACUAUACAUCAUGCAUUGCAUAUGGUAUAACUAUUUUUAUUCUAAGACUAUUUUUUAAUCAAGAGUAAAAUGUGGCUCUCAUUGCUAAACACACUAUGUGACUUUUGGGAGGUUUUUAAAAUCCUCGCCAGAAAAGCUGAGCCUGCAGGCCCUCGGUUUUACGAAAAUUUUGUGAAAUUCUCAGUCCUUAAUUUGUGUGAAAAACUUAUAUAUACAACUUGCGUGGAUUUCCGCUGUUUCUUGUUUGAUUGGAAUGUACAUCACAAUACAUGCACACAUGUAAUGCCCUUCGAGUGACUUCAAUACCACACAUUUAACCCUAUUGUUUACAUUAUUUCUGAGAAAAUGAAGUCGUUAAUAUCCGUUACGUUGCAUGUGUUAUGUCAUAAUUAUAAAUUGGUAUUAAUGCAUUGCAUACAUAUGAACAAUUUCUAUGACACAAUACAUGUCACGUGACUGGUGAUGUCUAUUUGAAUUCAGGCAUAAUAACUUCGAAAUCAAGAGUUUUGGCUGCAAAACAAGCAACUCUAAAUUUUCAAUCAAGAUUUGUUAAUAAUUUACAUCUACAUUUGAUACAUCUGAAUUUCCUUUUCUGUAUACACCCUGUACAAUACCGCGUUCCCGACGUCACGGUGUUUUUGCGCCUAGUAUGAAGCGUUUCAGUGGGGGUAGGGGAAAUAUGCAUUUUUUUUUUCAAUUUUGAAAGUACACGUUCAUUGUACGCGGAAUAUUGAGGUCAUGGUCUUGGUAACAUUGAAAUUCCCUCGUCAUGGAAUUCACGACUCUUUCCGGUUGAAAUAGAAAUGUAACGGUCGCUUUGCGCAUUCAUUACAUGAACUCUGAUUUGGGUUGACACAUAUUUAUUUUAAAAUAUGUACAAUAUGUUUUUGUAUUUUGGUUUGUAAAUAUUAGAAAGGUUUUUGUACAGUUUUGUAUAAAAGAUAUGGAAAUGAAUAAAUAACACAUUUUUGUAAACAUAA